CUGGGGUUGGGGACUGGGUGGUUUCUCUUCACAGCCCAAGUCCAUCUGGGGGAGGGGGCGGCUUCUCUGAAAUAGUCCCCUCCGGUAUUACUGCCUUGGUAUCUUUUAAAAAGUUUCGUCCUAUCUGAUACGGAUAAGUUCUGUGACAGAGGCGAUAUACUCACUCACUCUGCUCUGAGGAGUGGCUUUUCUGCAUGGUAUGGAGUACAGAGUUGUAGAGUGAAGAUGGCGUGGGCUUCCCAUGUUCGAAUCUCUAGUAUGGCCCGAGUUCGGGCAGGUUGUCGCCUCCCUCAGCCUCCUUCUCAUCUGUGAACUGAGGUUAAUGACACCAACUUCUCAGGAUAGUAGUGGGGUUUUCAAAGAUGACACAGGCCACAUGCAUAGCUCAGGGCUGGCACAUACAAGGGGUUUAAUCAAGAGUAACUUUAAAACAUCAGUUGAGAUAGGGAAAGUGUUAGGGAAAUUGGAGGCAAAUCUUGAUGGGCUUAGGUGAAAGGCCCAUGUCCAAGUUUGGGAGGCUCCAUUUGAAUCUGAGGAUGUGACUCCCGUCUCGGCAAACAGGAGUGUUUCCUCUUCUGGGCCCCCAGAAUCAAUGCCUCAGGCCGAGUCCCAGCCACUCAUAUCGUUUCCAAUCUUCCAUUGUCUGGAAUCUCAGAUGUGUGGGCUCAUGUGCUGCAAGAUGGGACAGGCCCGGCGAGGAGCUGGGUAGGCUGGGCUUGUCCUACCUCAGGACCUGGCCCAGUCCAGCCUCGGGCAGGGACUGGCAGAGGUGGCUGUGGGAGGCCGGCAUCUCAGUCUGUCCGGCUCCCCCGGAAGGCAAGGCCACUGAGCCUGCUCCGCCUCCUGUCUACCGGGCCCGUGCCUCCAGGCUGGCCUCUUCUCCCUGGCUCUCCAGGCACGGUGAGCCUAGGAAGAUCACACUCUUCCUCUAGUCUGCUCAGUCCUGAAUUCGCCUGAGAGCCAGUGGGGGCAGGCACAACCCCUAGAAAUCAUACUCGAGGGUGACCCCAAACCAAGAUUAUUCUGUCUUCCUCAUAAUCUCCCCCGAAAUGGUCACUACCAUCUUGCCAAGUGCUUACUAUUAAUAUAUCACUGUGCUAAACCAUUUGUAUAUGUGAUUUCAUGUAAUCCUGACCUUAGGUACUAUUAUUACCCCAUUGUAUAGAUGAAGAAAUUAAGACUUAAACUGAACUUGUGAGGCCAUAUAACUACACGAACUCUUAAGCCCUGCUUUCCCUAAUGUCUUCCUCACCUGCCGCUAUAUCUCAUCCAUUCUUCCUACUUGGUAUUUAGUCUACCUAUAAAAUUGUUGUUGUUUUGAUCAAACCUAACACUCAAGGACGAGGGACAAGGGCCCAUGUCAGACCAGAAUUCUAUCCCUAAGGAUGAUGAGGGCUGGGCUGUCAGAGACCCAGACCCUCAGGCCUGUGAGCUCCACAUUCUCUGACCCCAGCUGUGGUCCAGAUUGGUGGUCAGACCUUCACGCGAUUUGACCAAGUGAUGACAUGGUCCUCGGCCCUGCUGUACUGCCGCAGCCACCACACGGACCUGGCCGACCUGCAGAUGGUGACAGACAAGACAGGCAAGGAGGCCUUGAGAUCCAUCAUGAGUGAGACUGAAGCCUGGAUUGGCCUCUACCUCAAUGCGAACUCUGGAUCUCUGAGCUGGUCCAGUGACCUGGGGGCCAGCAUCCCCUCCUGGCUGCAGGUGCCGAUGAUGGUGAGAGGACUGUGCGCAGCUCUCGGCAUCUAUAUGACCUACUCCCCAAGAGUGUACUCAGUGAACUGCUCUUCCCCGCUGCCCUUCAUCUGCUUCUAUGACCCCUCCACUGGACACCGGGCAUCAGCAGAGUUGCCUCCACUCUUCCGCACUUCCCCAACUUCCCCAACAGAAGUGACAGAGGAAACAACUUCCAGGCCAGGCAGAGGUGUUUUGAGCCUGUCCUUGGCUGGAUCUGGGUCUUCAGGGUCUGGGGAAGUGGCAAGGGUGGCUUGCAGGCUGCAUAGGCCCCUCCUAGAAGGGCCAGUGAAUGCCUAGAAAAGGGGUGAGCUAAGGGGGCAGCAGUCAAGGGCCACUUAUACAGACGGGAGUUUCCCUCUGCUUCCCACCCUGCUGGUCCAGCCAGGGAUGGGGGAAGGAGGACUGGGCCACAUCAAACUCCCUUUUCUUGGAAUUGGGCCACUGAAUUUGCAGCUCCAGGGCCAAGAGACCCAGGAGAGGCUGUACAGUCUCUCAGGUGAGAGGAUGAGAUCCUGGCUUGGGAGACCAAGGGGAAGACACCCGAGCAGUACUCCUGAGGAGGAAUCCUCAGAGAGGUCCUGAGGCUCAGCAUCAGAGGGAAGCACUGCAAAGUCCCUCCGAAUUGCAGGCUCCUCUGCAGGGAGAGGAUGAGGGAUGAGCUGUUGUCAUUAUGUGUGGGGAGGUGGCUGGGAAGGACAGUGACCGCAUUCCUAUAGCACUUUAAAAUUCCUGAAACAUCUUCACAGCUAUUACCUCAUUUUACUUCCCAAGAGUUCUGAGGCUAACUAGAAUAAUUGAGGGCAAAAUCACCGUUUUCCUGGCCUUCUUACAGAUUCCUGUGUCACACAAAGGGAUUAUUGCCUUUUUUGAGCACACAGAGAAGUGAGGGCACUUGAUCAAGGUCGAGCAGAGCCUCGUUCAUUCACUCGUUAAAAAGUGUGGAUGGAAUCUUGUGCUAGCUCAGGCACAGCCACCAGGCAAGAUUUUGGGGAGGGAAGGCUUGUUCUGAAGCUUCUCACCGCCAGCUGGGAAGAGGCUGGUGCUUGGUAUAGUCACAGGUGUGGUGGGGACACUGAGAAGGGGAGCAUCUCGCCCCUAUAAUUGUCCAGAGGAUUUCCCGGAGGAGGUGACUUUAUAACCAUCGGAAGGAUGAGGAGGAUUUAACUUGCAGUGUUGUGGGGUGCGGGGCUGGGUGAGGACUGCAGGUGGAAGGAGCUGCAGGUGGGGUGGGGACAGUCAGCACUGGAGAGUGUGGGAGCCCAGAUCCUGCCGGCCGGGCCCUCUGUGAGUCGCCAGGGACCUCACCCUGAAAGCGAUAGAGCCCAGGCCGGCCGUGGUCAGAUUUGGGUCAGAAGCUGGGUGACAGCCUGUCUUCUUCUCAUCUAAGUCUAUCCUGGCACCUGCCUGGCUGCCCCAGGCUCACCGGCCACCUGGGCCGCGCUAUGGGGUUCAGGAG